AUGGAGGGUGGGGAUUCUUCUUCACUAGUGGCGCGUGGCCGAUUGGCGGUGCUCUCAGCUCACCUUUCAGCUUCUCCUAAUGUAUUCGAUUCUGUUUCGUCCUCCAUUAUCGAACGUUCCACCGCCUCAGCUCAAUUGGUAUCGCCUCCGCCGAACCUCAAAGGCGCGUUGACGAUCAUCGAUGAACGAACCGGUAAGAAGUAUCAGGUUCAGGUCUCUGAAGAAGGCACCGUCAAAGCUACCGAUCUUAAGAAGAUAACAGCAGGAUCAAAUGAUAAGGGGCUCAAGCUUUAUGAUCCUGGAUACCUCAACACCGCACCUGUUCGAUCAUCCAUCUGCUACAUUGAUGGUGAUGCAGGAAUUCUUAGGUAUAGAGGAUACCCUAUUGACGAGCUGGCUGAAGGAAGUUCCUUUGUUGAGGUGGCAUACCUGUUGAUGUAUGGAAAUUUACCAUCUGAAAGUCAGUUAGCUGAUUGGGAGUUUGCAAUCUCACAACAUUCAGCUGUUCCACAGGGAAUCUUGGAUAUCAUACAAGCAAUGCCUCAUGAUGCUCAUCCAAUGGGUGUUCUAGUUAGUGCAAUGAGUGCUCUCUCAGUCUUUCACCCUGAUGCUAAUCCUGCUCUUAGAGGGCAAGAUUUGUACAACACCAAGCAAGUAAGGGAUAAACAAAUAGUACGUAUACUUGGAAAGGCACCAACAAUCGCUGCGGCAGCUUAUUUGAGAAUGGCAGGGCGGCCACCUGUUCUUCCGUCCAACAAUCUUUCUUACUCAGAGAAUUUCCUAUAUAUGCUAGAUUCAUUGGGCGACAGAUCUUAUAAACCCAAUCCUCGGCUUGCUCGGGUGCUGGAUAUUCUUUUCAUAUUGCAUGCAGAACAUGAAAUGAAUUGUUCAACAGCUGCUGCUAGACACCUGGCAUCAAGCGGUGUUGAUGUAUACACUGCUCUUGCUGGAGCUGUAGGAGCACUUUAUGGUCCGCUUCACGGUGGAGCUAAUGAGGCUGUGCUUAAAAUGCUGAAUGAGAUUGGAACAGUUGACAAAAUCCCCGAGUUUAUAGAGGGUGUGAAAAAUCGGAAGCGUAAGAUGUCUGGUUUUGGACACCGUGUGUACAAGAAUUAUGACCCCCGGGCUAAGGUUAUAAGGAAACUAGCAGAAGAAGUGUUCUCUAUUGUCGGCCGGGAUCCUCUCAUUGAGGUUGCCGUGGCUUUGGAGAAAGCAGCACUUUCAGAUGAUUACUUUAUUAAGAGAAAAUUGUAUCCCAACGUUGAUUUUUACUCUGGUCUAAUAUACAGGGCAAUGGGCUUCCCUACGGAAUUCUUUCCCGUUCUGUUUGCAAUUCCUCGUAUGGCUGGCUAUUUAUCUCAUUGGCGUGAGUCUCUUGAUGAUCCUGACACAAAAAUAAUGAGGCCUGCUCAGGUGUACACUGGUGUAUGGCUGCGGCAUUACAUGCCACCUAAAGAACGGAUGGUAAUCAAAGAGGCAGAUAGGCUUGGUCAAGUUUCCGUCUCCAAUGCCACCAAGAGGAGAUUGGCUGGUUCGGGGGCUUAG